AUGGGAGAGGAUGUGGAACUCUGUUUAGAAAUCCAGGUGGAUUCAGAAACUAAACGAAUAUUAUCUAAUCCCCACAAAUGUCGUUCCACUUUGCUAGACGUUACUGUAAUCAAGCCAAAAGAGCUGGAAGCGUUUGGUACACAAAGAACCAAUACGCUUCGAGCUGACGAAGUCAGAAAAUUAAUCACGUCGAUGGAAAAGCAGAGAAGAAAAAAACAGAAAGUUCUUGAAAAAUUAAAGUGUGACGAUACUGUUCUCCAAAUUCGCAAACACGACGAUGCUGAUGCGAAAAAAGAAUUCGCCAAAAAUAAAGAACGAAUUUCUUCCAAUUCUCCAGUUGAUGACUUAGAACGUAAAGACUUUAUCGGGAUUGCUGAGUCGGUAGAACCUUUAUUUUGCGAAAUUCGUCGUUCGUUGAAAAACGUGGAAACAAGAAUAACUAACAUGCAAGACAUCAAUCUUGUUAUCAGUCAAACCACAGUCGACGAAACUGCUUCAGAAGAAUUUGUGAUUUCGAGACACAAAAAGCCCAGUUCUUUGCCCAGUUCUCUCAGUAAUCGGAACCAUGAUUGCUACAGAAUUGAAACAGCACCGCAUGACAUAAGAUCAAUACUUUUACCUCAAAAGAAACAAAAAUUGUUAGAUAAAGACGACAAGGUCGAAGGGAAAUGUCUGUGUGAAAACUGCGGUAUUAUAGGAUUGCUUGCUGAAUGUCAAAAGCAUCCACUUCUUGUCGAACUUAGUGAAUCUCCAUCACCUUCGUCUCAUAAACAGUUCCCGAGUCCAAGAAAAAAACCAAAGAUAAAUCUCGAAAAUAUCAGUAAAAUGAGGACAAAGGGUAAUGGUGAUUCCUACAUAAACCAUCUUUCGAACAGGAUUAAAGUCCUGGAGGAGAGACUAGCAAUGCAGGAGGAAAAAGUUGUUCCAAAAGAUUACUUCAAAAAAAUCAUCUCCAAGAUGGUCACUGGCCUAUCCCCCAAAAUCGUCAAAUCUAAAAGUGACACUUCUUUGCGUUCCCCACUUAAAAAUUACAAGAAAUGUUCAAAGUUGCAAGAUAUACAGGAACGUCCGACUGAAAAAUCUCUACAAUGUCAAAGCUCGGAAGCUUUGCAUUGUUUCCGCAGUUUCAAAGAAGAUAAAAAACCAGCCUUGAAAGACGACAAAGGCACAAUCACCGACGAGGAACUGUUUUACGGCGGAUACAUUUGGAAAUGGGGCGAGGAGAUUUUAAAACCAGGAAUUGAUUUGAAAAAUAGAAUCGUAAAUUUACUCAACGACAUUUUGGGCAAGUUCGCUUUGUCCGAGAGAGGGUCAAUAGAGGCGGCGCAAGCCGAAAGCAUAAGAGAAGAAGCUAUAAGAAAAAUCAUGCGACACAUGAAUGCGGGUAAUUACGAUCCUCGUGAAAAUAUCCGUCAUUUAAGUCCACGCGAAAAAAGUCCCAAAAGUAAUCCACAACGGGUCAAGUCUCCUUACUCUAAAAGCGACCACAAACACAAUAAAAACGUCGAUGUUUCCUACAUAAACCCAAAAAUCUCCCUUUGGAGAAAAGACUCUCCAGACGUGUCGCAACAGAAGAGUAACACAAGUCGGAAAGUGUCUUUUUGGGACAGGCCUUCGCCAGAAAAAUAUAAAGUAUCGCAGAGGAAAAGUAGCGCACAAUCGCCUCAGUGGCGUAGGUCCUCUCCAGAGAAAUUUAGGACGAGUCAAAGAAUGUUGGAGCAGAGAAAUAACGAACAAGGCAAACAUGAAUUUUUGAAAAUUGUUAGUAAAGCAAAGCAGCAUCAGAAAGACAUUUUGUGGAAGAAUAUAUGGAACCAGGCCAAAGCCAACGGCCAGACGAAAAACGACAAAAUAACAAUAAAAAUACCAGUGCAGAGCAAGGGAAAUAAGAGCGAGCACAUCUUUGAAACCGAGAUAAGUAUCGGCGAGAUCGAGCAAAUUCUGAAAGGUGUUAUCUCCCUGUGUUAAGAAUAAAAAAAGGUUUGGUUUUUGGAA